AUGCAAGGCCGCCCGACUCGCGAUAUUACCACACUCCCCCUUCCGCCCACCCUCAAAAACAAGAUCGUGCAGGCCGGCUUUCGAGAUGUGCGAGAUUUUGAUGGCUACCGGCCAGUCGAGCUGGCCAAAGAGCUGCGAGUAACACAGGAAGAGGCUUUGAGCAUUCUACGAACAAUCAAGGAGAACACGAGCGCUACCACCGCCGCCCCUGCUGGCUCCCUUUUCGCUGAGGGCAAAACGGCGUUCGAGAUGAUCACACAAACGGAGAACCGGUUCGUCCGUACGAUGUGCGAGGACAUCGAUCAGAUGCUCGGCGCGGGUGUGCCGGUGGGACAACUGACCGAAUUCUGUGGAGUCCCUGGGAUCGGGAAGACACAGAUAGGAAUGCAGCUGGCUACGUCAGUGCAGAUCCCAAAGGAGUUCGGCGGUUCAGGAGGGCACUGUAUAUACAUCGGCAGCUUCGUCGUCGAGCGGGUGAUGGAAAUGGCGCAGGCGAUCAUAGACUUCAUGCAGCAGCAGGCUCAGGCGAGUAAUGACCCCGGGAAGGUGCAAGCUGCAGCGGCCUUGACUGUGGAGGACAUGUUGCGCCACAUUCACUACUACAGGAUACACGACUACGUAGAGCAGAUCGCGCUUCUUAACACCUUGCCGGCGUUCCUCAAAGAGCAUCCCGAGGUCCAACUCGUGGUGAUUGACAGCAUCACGUUCCACUUUCGCCACGACUUCGACGACUACAUGGCUCGCACGCGUGUUCUUACCAGCAUGGCCCAAACGCUCAUGUCUCUGGCUGACGAGUUCCGUCUGGCGGUCACGACCAAAGUCACGGAGCGAACACAGGGUAGCGCGAUGUUGGGCGAUCGAGACAGCAACAACCAGCUCAUCCCCGCCCUGGGCGAGAGCUGGGGCCACGCCUGCACCAACCGCGUCAUCCUGUACUGGCGCGACGGGCAGCGGUAUGCCCACCUCCACAAGUGCCCCUCGCAGGAGAGCAAGACGGUGCCCUUCGUCGUCCUCUCCGACGGCAUUCGCAACCUCCCCCAGCUUUGA